AUGGAAGGGGAGUUGGGCGAUUAUAACACACUUGUGGAUAAGGCAACUGUUGGUCACGACAUCUCUACAAUCGAGUUGGAUUGGGAAGACGUGAAGGCCGCUAAUGAGAGAGCAGAAAUGACUCUGGAGAGAUUUUUCGAGGAGCGUAAGAAAAAAGAGACUCAAUUAAAGGCAUUGGAAGUGGAAAUCGAGCAGGAAAAGAAAAUAGCAGAGACCGUAGUGGAGGAGAUGAAUGAUGAACAGAAGGCAGAGUAUCUGAAACUACGUGAUUUUAAUGACCACCUCCUUCAACAACUGGCCAUGGGACAAAAGAAGAUUGCUCAACUGUCCGCACGACGGAGUGAAUUGGAGGCUGAUAUUGCAACGUCUAAGAUUAAGCAAGAGGCGAUGCGCAUAUUGGGUCACCUGAGGGAGGUGGAGGCUAAGCGGGAUCAACUGCAGGCGGAAGAGGCCAACAAGGAGGAUCCUCAGGCUGAGAGGGAGCGCUUGUUGGCCAAAGUGAAGGAGGACAAUCGGGAGACUGCAAAUAUGGACAGAGAGAUCCGCGAACUCAAUGAAAAGAUUUGUUCGGAUGAGUCCACUCUGCACCAACUUAUCACUCAAAUGAAUGACGAUAGUUCUAAUGAACGCACCCAGAAGAUAUGGGAGCUACAACGACGCGAGGCUCAAAUCGAUGCCUUCUUCACCUCCUAUGAGACAACACGAGCCGAGGAGAUGGAGGGACUGGCCUCCACCGAAGAUCAAAUUGUUCGCGCGCUGGAGCGCUGUGCACAGUACGUGAUAAGUACAGAGCAAACAAUGGAAAUGAGAGGUGGUGGUAGUGAUGAAAAUGGUGUGGAAGCAGUCAUAGAGCAGUUGAAGUUCAAGACACGAGAGAUGACCAAAUCGGCAAAUACUGCGGAGGCUUUGGAUGCCGAAAGAACAAGGCUACAGAGAGAUUUACAGAAGAUUGAUCAGUUGGAAGGAAAGAUUACUCAGGAGUUGCAGACUCUGAAGAAGAAUAUCGCCUCGAUGGAGGCCGAUCUGAAGAAGUUCAAUGACCUCACAUCAGUCGGCGAAGCCACAGAGGAGAAAAAAGCUGCGUUAAUGCAGGAGCAAAAACGUUUACAAGAGACGCGUGAAAAUCUUGCAAUCUUCACCACUCAAUUGACAGAUGAGUGUACAGCUGUGGAGGCGCAACUGAAUGGUCAAGAGACGCAUCUUCAAUUGUGCGCGCUGGAAAAGCGAUUGGUGGCAAGCGAACAGACUCGUCGAGCAGUGGCAGAGAGUGUGGCUACAAAACGUGCUGCCUGUGAUUUCACCACCACCGCCAAGAAGGCGCAAAGCCUCCUAAAGGAUUACAACGAGGCUCUCAAAACCGCACUCAAGGUGAAACCUGUGGGGAUAUAA